UGCCAGCAGUUCCUCGAGUGGAGACGCCGGAAGCGCACGUGAAAUCUUGCCGUCGCAACGCACGCCAAAUGAGCGUCCGUGAGCCGGGACAGGGGUUACAGCCGCCGUCAUGAACGACAAAUACCACCGGGCGGCUCGAGACGGUCACCUGCACCUGCUGAAAGAGGCGACGCGCAGAGAUCUGAACGCGCCGGAUGAGGAUGGCAUGACGCCGACGCUCUGGGCCGCGCACCACGGCAACCUGGACGCGCUCAGACUGCUGGUGGCGCGAGGAGGAGAUCCAGAUAAAUGUGAUAUUUGGGGAAACACUCCUCUUCACCUGGCAGCAGCUAAUGGCCAUCUCAACUGUCUGUCCUUUUUGGUGUCAUUUGGUGCCAAUGUGUGGUGCUUGGACAAUGACUACCACACGCCACUGGACAUGGCGGCCUCUAGGAGCCACAUGGACUGUGUGCGAUAUCUGGACACUAUCGCCGCCAAACAGAUCACCAUCAACCCCAAAGUGGUGAGCAAAUUAAAGGAUCGUGCUUUCCGUAAUGCAGAGAAACGCAUUAAGAACUGUGAAAAGCUCCAGCGUAGGCAUCACGAACGCAUGGAGAAGCAUUUCUUGAGAGAGAGUGCUGCAAUGGACACGUCAGAUACGAUGAGUUACAGCAGUUUCAGCAGCACCCUGAGCCGAAGGAUCCCUCAGUUCAACACCAUCGACUCCAACAUGACAUACUCACAGGCAACUCUUCAGUCCACAACAAGAGGCCGGACCAAGAUUCAGCGGCGACUUGAGAAAAAGAAGCAAGGUGAUGGAACGUUCAAGAUAUCUGAAGAUGGGCGAAAGAGUGUUCGCUCGCUCUCUGGUCUUCAGUUGGGCAAUGACGUCAUGUUCUUGAAGCAGGGAACGUACGUCGACCGACGCCAGCAGUCCAGCCCUCGGCUCAACAUCCGUAACAUGUUUUCUGGUAAACAGGACAUCAGACCUGAUGAUGAUGAUGAGGUAGACACUGUUUCCCGGGCUCUCAGUGAUCCAGGACUGUAUGAUGCUGCAUACUCCGAAAUAAGUACAGACUCUGGUCGGGACUCUUUGUUCAACCGCCCAGGACUCGGUACCAUGGUAUUCCGUCGGAAUUAUGUAACAGAUGGGUUGUUCCAAAUGGGACGGAAUGAGGGCAGUGUGGUGGGGAGUGAACCAGUGGGACGAGCCCCGAAUGUCCGCUUACGGGGGAGAUUGCCGCUGCGAUCACCCAGUCUUGACGAGGUCAGCUUAGGCAGCUCAUUGAGUCUUCAAGAGAAGAACUUGCAGGAUUUGCCAUGGGAGGAAGGAGACCUGGGUUUGGAGGAGGAGGAUGACGAGCUUCAGUCAUCGUCGGGUCCUUUAGAAGUAUUCCUGGCAUCUCAGGGACUGAGUGACUUCCUUUCAAUUUUCCAUAGAGAGCAGAUGGACCUGGAGGCGUUGCUGUUGUGUUCUGAGCAAGACCUCAUUAGCAUCCAUAUCCCACUCGGACCUCGCAAAAAACUAAUUGAUGCAUGCAGUAGACAUAACAAUGCUCUGGACGAUGCUGAUGGCAUGAAGGACACAAUGUUGUAGAGUAUGUGUAUGUCUGUUAUUGACUCUUCCAAAACCUAUUGUACUUUCUUGCUGCCUGCAUAAGCGGCUGUUUGGGAUGUAACUGCAUCCUUGUGUUUACAUAGGCAGAAACUCAACAAUGCCACACAAAUAGUAAUUCAUGCAGAGUCCAUGGGAUACUUAUCCAUUUCCCCCAUGUAUUGGACAAGUCUUCCAGUAUUUCUGUCACCUGGAUGUACCUUUUUCUCUGAGCUUGUUACAUUCUAAGAUUGCUUUCUCUGUAAAGCAUACAUGCAAUGCAAUGCUGCCAGGGAAUUUGGCCAAAAUUGUAAUUAUGAAAAAAUAUAAUUGUAUUGUUUACUAAAUGUUCAAAUGUCAAUUUAGCGACAUUAUACAGGCAUAUGUUUUUGAUAUUUACAAAAAUAUAUAUGAUUUGGUUUUUAUUUUUUAUUUUUAUUUAUUUAUUUUUUCACGGUAAAACUUUAGAUUAGGAAACAUUAUUCAUUAUUAACUAGUUGCUUAUUAGCAUUCAUAUUAGCUAUUUAUUAGUACUUUUAGAGCACAUAUUACCCAUGACUCUACCUAAUACCUAAACAUCAUUACUGAAACAACCACCUUGCUUGCUAUCAAUAAGCAGCAAAUGGUAAUUUAAGGAAAUAGUUAUUUGUGAGUGAAUAUGCGUUCCUUAAUAUAAACCCAAAAUACAGUAAUUUGCUCUUCCUGUGAAGGGGCUUUGCUUUUCUGCUGACAACUGUGCAGGCUGUUCAAUAACUGACAAAUAGUUACGUGCACAUUGUUUUAUUAAACUCUCAUUCAUUUUAAAUUCAUUUUGGAAUUUCACUUUAAAACCAGUCCAGUUAAUAGCAGAUUGAUAAAAUCAAGUCCCACCAAACUUGUUUUCCUAAAUAAAUGUUGUUUCACUUUGAAAUGCAUGACACUGUGGAAGUAAAACAGGUUGCACAGUGCAAUUCACAUUUUUUUUUUAAUUCUGUCUAUACCUACAUUUUGAACAAAGCCUUUGUGGGUGUUUGUGCUUGAGAAAACCGUGAAACUGCAGCUCUUCAGUGGAACACAUCCCUUUCCAGCCAGCAAAACAGUGAACAAAGAGGUUCUGCUUGCAAAAUGAAUUCUGCAUGCCAAUGGUUUUCGGUUAUGAAUGCCCUUGCAGUUUGGAGGUUAAAUUCACACAAACUUUUAAUUUGACCUGCUAUUUACUAUCUUGUGGUUCAUCAAAUAUAUUGUGGUUCCUAAUGCACUCUUAUUUUUUAUUUUGGACAAAGGUAAUUAGAGUGAUUUAUAGUAAAAUGUUCAUCUUCAAAGCAAUUUUCAACCCUAAACAUUCAGACCAAGAAACAAAGCCUGGUCACAUGGCAUCUCAGCUUGAAUCUGACGGAUUUUCUAGUGGAUCAAAAAAUCUAUAUAAUCAGAGCUUUAGUGUACCACAUUAUUGAAGAUUAACAUUGUUUUUUUUUUUUUAUUAAUUUUGCAUUUAAGAAUUAUUCAGUCUUUUCUUGUUCAUAAUUGUAAAUAUGGAGCUUUGGACAUCAAUGUCCAGCCAAAAGACAUUUCACUCAUGUAAAAAGUAGACAAUUUACAGUUUUCAUCUUUUGAAUUCUGAUGAUUGUAUGUUGACUGGCUCCAGCUAAGAGGUGCUAGGAGUGUGUGUGUGUGUGUCUGUGUGUGUGUGUGUCUGUGUGUGUGUGUGUCUGUGUCUGUGUCUGUGUGUGUGUGUGUGCGUGUGUGUGUGUGUGUGUGUGUGUGUGUGUGUGUGUGUGUGUGUGUGUGUGUGUGUGUGUGUGUGUGUGUGUGUGUGUGUCGAAGCCUCUUGCUCAGUGGGUGAGAUGUUUGUUCUGGGUGUCUGUUCAUUUAUGGGUGUAGAGGCUGACCUGCUGAAAGCUGAUAUAACUCUUGUUACUUUAUCUGUCUAUCCAUCACACUCCAUCUCCACACAGUUCAGCUACGCACGGCUAGCCUUUCUUGCAUGUACUGAAUACAUGACAUUAUAUAUCUGUCUGAAUACAAGUGUAAUGCUUUAUUUGCUCCUGUGUCAUAGCUCAUUUAUACUCUUUACAGUAUUUAAAAAAUGUCAAUGUAAUUUUUUUUUAA